CCUAUAUGGGCUUCCCCAUAUUGUUACAGAACUGGUAUAGACUACCAUCUGUUGUAAGAGUUCAUUUAUGUGUGAUAGUUCAAAUUGCUUCAGUUGUAUAAGAUUCAUGAUAUAUACAGAGUUAUAAAUCAAUGCAGGUGUGAAAAAUGAAAAAAAAAAAUGAAAAAAACAGUAUGUAUGGCCUAUAGCUACUUAAUAAUAUGUUGAUUUUACUACCUACAGGCAAUACCAGUCUCCGAUGCGACCUGGAUGAUUUAGCUGAAAUCUGACCUAGGUGUUGCCAUGGAAUUACUGGAGUUGGCACGCCACCUGAAGCAAGAACAGCUGUUUGUAACGUCGGAGCGCUUUCAGCUGCAGAAGCUGUUUGACGAAGUGAAGCAUGUUGCCGAGGGCCUGUACCACGAGUCAUGGGUCACGCGGGAACAAAAGGCAUGUCUCGACAGUCUUAUCUUCUCACCUCAGAAUAUGGCACCCAAAGAGUGUUGUCGUAGGGCAAAUCAUCUACAGUGGACAAACUUUGUAGACAGUUACAAACAUCUUAGUUAUCAUGAUUCCAAGUAUGGAGAAUUUCUCGCCUUUUUGCGGGAGAAUCCAAGUCUUCUGGCCCACUGUGUAGAGACAGGAGAGAAAUCCAGCAAUGAAUACACUCUCAAAGUGGUGCCUCUGCUGGUGUCUUCCGUAUGUGGGAAUUGUCUCCUCCUGGAGGACGAACAGAUAGCCCUCCGGAUGAUGACCACACUAGCAGAACUUCAGCUGGCGACUAAUGAUGACCCUCGACGACUACUUCGCAAAGGAUCCUGUGCUUUCAGUGUUAUGUAUAAGCUGGUCUUAGACUCGUUGUUUUCAGCGAAACUGUUUCUUACGGCUGCUCUCCAUGAUCCAGUUAUGCGUUUGUUGAUGGAGGAUGAAUGGUUUUAUGAUAUUGAUCCUCAAAAAGCUCUUGUGCGGUUUCCUCCACAGGAACGUAUGAAGAGAUUUGGUGAACCAGGUACUGACGAUUAUACAAAGAAGUUUCAAGAAUACAGAACGUUCAUUGUGGACAAACUAGUAGUACUUGCAAAUAGAUUUAUUAAUUCACUCAAGAACAACAUCCAUUGUUUUCCAGCGGGAAUGGGAUGGCUAGUAUCACAAAUUUACCACAUACUGACCAAGGCAGGUAAGCUAUCGGGAGAAAAGGUACAGGCAAUAUGUGCUGACCUUGUUUUCUCCUUGUUCCUCUGUCCUGCUAUUUGUGAUCCUGACCCUCAUGGUAUCACGUCCGACAUACACAUCAGCCACAUCGCAAGACACAACCUGAUGCAGAUUGCACAGAUUAUACAGGUUCUGGCCGUGUCACAGUGGGAGGAGGGCUCCAGAGUCACAGACCUGUACGAGAGGUUUGAAAAG